AUGCCUUCUUCACAGAACUCGAUCAAGUUAAUCUCGGGUAACUCACACCCCAAGCUUGCGGAACAAGUGUCCAAAAAGCUCGGCAUCGAGCUUGCCAAAGUUGGCGCUUUCCAGUACACAAAUAAGGAGACUGCUGUGGCAGUGGGUGAAUCGGUCAGAGAUGAAGACGUAUACAUACUUCAAACAGGAUGUGGAGAGACUAGUAUCAACGACUUCUUGAUGGAACUUUUGAUCACCAUCAAUACGUGCAAAAUUGCCAGUGCCAGAAGAAUCACUGCCGUCAUACCCAACUUCCCCUACGCUAGACAAGAUAAGAAAGAUAAGUCCAGAGCACCAAUUACGGCCAAGUUGAUAGCCAACUUGCUCCAAACCGCAGGAUGUAAUCACGUCAUAACGAUGGACCUACACGCAUCACAGAUCCAGGGAUUUUUCCGUGUACCCGUGGAUAAUCUCUACGCCGAACCUUCAGUGUUGAGAUACAUCAAGGAGAACUAUUCUCUCAAUGAUUUGAUUAUCGUUUCUCCAGAUGCCGGAGGUGCAAAAAGAGUCGCCUCUAUUGCCGACAAAUUCGACGUCAACUUUGCAUUGAUCCAUAAAGAAAGACAAAAGGCCAACGAGGUCUCCAGAAUGGUGUUGGUGGGAGAUGUCGCCGACAAGGUAUGCUUGUUGAUAGACGAUAUGGCUGACACCUGUGGAACCUUGUGCAAGGCAGCUGACGUGUUGUUGGAUAACGGUGCCAAGAAGGUGGUGGCCAUUAUCACUCACGGUAUUUUUUCAUCUAAUGCUAUUGAAAAACUCAACAACUCCAAAUUGGAUAAGAUUGUUUGCACAAAUUCGAUGCCUUUGGAGGAUAAGUUAGCCAGAUGUCCUAGACUUGAGACUAUUGACAUCAGUGCCACAUUAGCGGAAGCCAUCAGAAGACUACACAAUGGUGAGAGUGUUAGUUACUUAUUCAAUAAUGCCCCAGAGUAA